CGCUGCGGCCGCCCCGCCCAGUCCCCGCCGACGCCGCCCGCUCUGGGGCUCGGCUGGUCGUCCGUCCGUCAGUCAGUCCCUCGGAGCCGGAGCGCGCGCCGCGGGAGCUGCGGGCGCUCUCAGCGUUCGGGAGAGGAGCGUCGCGCCCGGCGAGGCGGCGGCGGCGGCGGCGGGAGGGUGCGAGCAGCUGCUGCCUCGCGCGGGCUCCCCCCCCCCCCCCCGCCCCCGGGAGGACCGAGGGGCUGCCACGAUGGAGCAGUUGUCGGAUGAAGAAAUUGACCAUGGUGCUGAGGAAGACAGUGACAAGGAAGACCAGGACCUGGAUAAGAUGUUUGGAGCCUGGCUCGGCGAGCUGGACAAACUCACUCAGAGUUUAGAUUCUGACAAGCCCAAAGAACCAGUGAAAAGAUCUCCUCUUCGCCAGGAAACAAAUAUGGCCAACUUUUCUUACCGUUUCUCCAUAUACAACUUGAAUGAAGCUCUGAAUCAGGGAGAGACUGUGGAUCUGGAUGCCCUGAUGGCCGACCUCUGCUCCAUAGAGCAGGAACUCAGCAGUAUUGGCUCAGGAAACAGUAAGCGCCAAGUCACAGAACCAAAAGUCACUCAGAAGCUACCUGCUGGCCGACAUACAUCGAAACAUGGCACCCUCAGAGCAUUACCAUCUUCCUCUGCUAGAACAACUAAGCCUUCCCAUGCUAACUACUCCCUGGAUGACAUCACCGCACAGUUAGAACAGGCUUCCUUGAGCAUGGAUGAGGCUGCUCAGCAGUCCGUAGUAGAAGAGUCUAAGCCCGUAGUGACGAAUCAGCACAGAAGGACUGCGUCGGCCGGCACCGUGAGUGACGCUGACGUCCGCUCCGUUAGUAACUCCUCUCGUUCGAGCAUCACUUCUGCAGCGUCUAGCAUGGAUUCUUUGGAUAUCGACAAAGUGAUGCGUCCUCAGGAACUGGAUUUGACAGCGCAUCAGGGCCAGCCGAUUACUGAGCAUGCUAUUUCUCUGAGAUGCCCCGGUAAGCAGGCCAAGCACCACUCUGACGUCACAGAAGAGCAGGCUGAGCUGACACCUCACUCCUAUCUGGACAGGGAAACCUCCCUUCUUCUGCGAAACAUUGCAGGAAAACCUUCUCAUUUGCUGACCAAGGAGGAACAGGCGGCGAAACUGAAAGCUGAGAAGAUCAGAGUUGCCUUGGAGAAAAUUAAAGAGGCCCAAGUCAAAAAGCUGGUGAUCAGGGUCCACAUGUCUGAUGACAGUUCUAAAACAAUGAUGGUGGAUGAGAGACAGACAGUGAGACAAGUACUGGAUAACCUGAUGGACAAAUCUCACUGUGGCUACAGUUUGGACUGGUCACUGGUGGAGAGCGUUUCUGAGCUACAAAUGGAGAGAAUCUUUGAAGACCAUGAAAACUUGGUUGAAAAUCUUCUUAAUUGGACAAGAGAUAGUCAAAACAAGCUUAUAUUUAUGGAGCGUAUAGAAAAAUAUGCACUUUUUAAAAACCCACAGAACUAUCUUCUUGGGAAAAAGGAAACGGUUGAAAUGGCAGACCGGAACAAAGAAGUGCUGUUAGAGGAAUGUUUUUGUGGAAGUUCUGUAACUGUCCCAGAAAUUGAAGGAGUCCUUUGGCUGAAAGACGAUGGCAAGAAGUCCUGGAAAAAGCGUUAUUUUCUCUUGCGAGCGUCUGGCAUCUACUACGUCCCUAAAGGAAAAGCAAAGGUAUCUCGGGACCUGGUGUGCUUUCUCCAGCUGGAUCACGUCAACGUGUACUACGGGCAGGACUAUCGGAGUAAAUACAGAGCCCCCACAGACUGUUGUCUGGCGUUAAAGCACCCACAGAUCCAGAAGAAGUCUCAGUAUAUCAAGUAUCUCUGCUGUGACGAUGUGAGGACUCUGCAUCAGUGGGUCAAUGGGAUCCGAAUUGCAAAGUAUGGGAAGCAGCUCUACACAAACUACCAAGAAGCCUUGAAGAGGACAGAGUCCGCUUACGACUGGACUUCGUUAUCCAGCUCCAGCAUUAAAUCUGGAUCCAGUUCUUCCAGCAUCCCAGAGUCUCAGUCAAAUCACUCCAACCAGUCUGACAGUGGAGUCUCUGACACCCUGCCAACAGGACACGUCCGCUCCCAAAGCACUGUGAGCUCCAUCUUCUCGGAAGCCUGGAAGCGUGGUACUCAGCUGGAAGAGUCCAGCAAGGCCAGAAUGGAAUCUAUGAAUCGGUCCUACACUUCACUCAUGCCCCCUCUGUCCCCUCAAACUAAGAUCCUCACCCCUUAUACUGCCUCACAACCUUCACCCCCUCUGCCUCCUCCUCCACCCCCUCCUCCUCCUCCUCCACCCCCACCCCCACCCCCACCCCCUCCUCCCCUGCCCAGCCAGUCUGCGCCUUCUGCAGGUUCCUCGGCCACCAUGUUUGUCAAGUACAGCACCAUCACCAGGCUGCAAAACGCAGCUCAGCAUUCAGGACCCCUGUUCAAGUCUCCACCGCCCGCGGUGAUGCAGCCCCCGCCUCUGGCUUCACAGUCCCUCAAGGCUCAGAUGGUGGUGCCCCCCAAUGGAGUUAUUCCUCCACCGCCUCCUCCUCCACCACCCCCAACCCCUGGUUCAGCCAUGGCCCAGUUAAAGCCAGUGCCGUGCGCCCCGUCCCUGCCUCAGUUCAGCCCCCAACCUCCUCCACUGAAGAGUCAUCAAGUUCAGCAUGGUCCUCAGGUGGCCCCUUCCACACCUCCACCAGCUCCUCCCAUCCCUUCAACUGUCCCUCCUCAAGCGCCCCCUAAGCCCCUGGUGACCAUUCCUCCUUCAGCCAGCACCAAAACUGUGCCACCAAUAGUGGCACAAGCUGUCCCACCCACCCCUGCACCUCCAGUGCCCCCAGCAAAGAAGCAGCCAGCUUUCCCCGUUUCUCACAUUGCACCCUGUCCCCCUGUCCAGCCUGCCCCGUGUCCCCCACCAACACUACCCAAGCAGCAGAGCUUUGGGGUGAAGCCACCGCCCUCUCCACUGUCCCCUGUGCCCUCAGUUGUAAAGCAGAUAGCCAGUCAGUUUCCACCCCCUCCCACUCCUCCUCCUGUGGACUCACAGCCCCCAAAGCCCCUCCCAGCAAGUGUCACCCCACAGUCCCCUCCUGCAGUGAAAGCAAAACCCAAGUGGCAGCCCAGCCCAAUCCCUGUCCCUUCCCCAGAUUUCCCUCCUCCCCCUCCAGAAAGCAGCCUGGUGUUUCCUCCUCCACCUCCUCCAACCCCAGCCCCAGCCCCAGCCCCGCCGCCAGUGCCGCCCAUGGCUUCACCUAUCCCUGACAAAGGCGGGUCCCCAGGCAAAAAGCCAAGUAAGACGUCCAGCCCUGGGGGGAAGAAACCCCCCCCAACCCCGCAGCGCAACUCCAGCAUGAAGUCCGGCAGUUGUGCGGAGCCCCCCGAGCCCAAGCGACCCUCGGUAGACAGUCUAGUCAGCAAGUUCGCACCGCCUGCAGAGUCAGGGUCUCCCAACAAGGAGACUCCACCCCCUCCGGCAGCACCCCCCAAACCUGGGAAACUACACCUUUCUGGAGUCAACCUCCCCGGAAUCCACCAGCAAGGGAGUGUGUCUACAAAAGCCUCUGUUCUGAGUGGGCGUGGAAAGGACUCCGUAGUGGAGUUUCCCUCUCCUCCUUCCGACUCUGACUUCCCACCCCCUCCACCUGAAAUAGAGCUUCCUCUGCCCCCUAUUGAGAUUCCAGCCGUAUUCUCGGGAAACACCUCCCCCAAAGUGGCAGUUGUUAACCCUCAGCCACAGCUAUGGUCUAAGACAUCAGUGAAGAAGGCCCCUCCGCCUACCCGGCCCAAACGAAACGACAGCACCCGCCUCACUCAAGCUGACAUCUCGGAGCAACAAGCGAUGACCACAGUUGUGCCCCAAGUGCCCACCUCCCCCAAAUCCAGCCUUAGUGUCCAGCCUGGAUUCCUAGCUGAUCUUAACAGGACACUGCAGCGCAAGUCUAUCACGAGGCACGGCUCCCUCUCCUCCUCACGGAUGUCCAGAGCAGAACCCACAGCCACCAUGGACGACAUGGUACUCCCCCCGCCACCACCGGAACUGCUGCUGACUGACCAGCAGAAGGCUGGCUUUGGAGGUAGUCAUAUUUCAGGCUAUGCAACACUGCGGAGAGGACCCCCUCCUGCUCCCCCUAAGAGAGACCAGAAUACUAAGCUCUCAAGAGACUGGUAGCCACAAGACUUCUUUUCAUGUUAUCUAUAAUCAGUUCUACAAUCAGUUCACCUGAUCAUCUGUGAAUCCAGGUGUUCAGAGCCUCCUGAUAUGUUAUUCAGGUAGUGUCCAGCUAUGUGUGUGUCUGUGUGUAUAUGUGCUGCGUGUGUGUACAUACAUGUGCACACAGCUAUAUAGAUUGUGUGUAUAUACACGUAUGUAUACAUCUGUGAAUGUGUAUAUAGAAAGAGAACCGAUUCUAUUUAUUCCAUUUGCCUCCUAAUCAGAAAAUGGGGUUUUGUAUAUUUUGAGUGGAAGGACACAUAGGAGGGGAUAUGUUGUCAUUUAUAUUUAUCAUAUGGAUUGGACCAAAAUCUAGAGGGUAUUUCAUCAGUGUCUGUCCAUGUGCCACCUAUCUGUGCAUGUGUCUAGAAGGAAGAAAUGGAUGGACAGUUUCUCAGUUUAAAACUAUCAUCCAGAUUGUUUGGUAUAGCUGUAGGCUGUUUUGUUGGGUUUUCCCAGUUGGCUUGACUGACACUUAAAUACUCCAUGGAAAGGGGCACUUUAAAUCAGGAAAACCUUCAUGCUACAGAACGGGUCACUAGGGCAGGAAGGGGCAAUCCUGAGGACACUGUGGUUGGACAUGGGGAAGUCACGGCUCUUCUAGCUGCAGUAGCCCUGCCAUGACCCAGCCACACCUGCGAUGGCUUCACAGGUCAGCUUUUUGCCUACAACACAACAAAUAUUUAAUGCUAUAAUUCUAAUCCUGGCCACUUUCAAUACUGUCUUAAGAAGCCUCAUCAACUUGGCUUCAUGAGUCGUUAUGUCUUUAUUGUGAGAACGUCCAGUACGCACUGUAAUGUACUACCCCAGUUAUGUCUUUGGGUCAGUUACCUUUGCAUAUAGUAGGUACAUUAACAGACAUUUGAAUCCGUGGAUAGUCCAAAUAUGAAAUAUACUCCCUGUGCCCAAGGCAGUACAUCAUUUAAAACAAAGUCAACUUCUGCAAUGCCUUCUUUACAAGUUGUUCUCUACGAGAGAUGAGGAAGAAAAGACAGAACUGACCUUUUCCUGUCUGUCAGAACUGUCAUUUCAGACAGAGGUUGUAAGGCAAAGAAUCCAUUUAGGAUAUAACUAUCAUGAACAAAAUGAGUUUUCAUAAUUUCACCCAUAGCUACUGGAGCUGCUCAGAUCUUUGCUGUUUACAGCUGGAGUGUAGAGAUUUUACAGGUGACCAGGUGUUCUGAUGAAACAGUGUCAUAGUCCAGUUACAGUAAGUGACAUUGGCAUAUGCAUGUGGGCAAAACUUGGGAGCACUACUCUGAUGACACUACUCUGCUUAAUUUUUUUCUUGGUACAUGAGAAAAGUAUGUGCUUGUCAACUUACAGUGACAGGCUGAUGGGACUACAAUGCAGUCUUAGCUGUUUUUAAGUAAGAGAAUAAAAACUGGCCAUCCCACCGAUUACAAAUGAACACAUCUUGUAAAGAGUCUGUGCCUGUUGUAAAGAUAACCAGUGCUAAAUGCAGACAUCUUCUGGUCCUGUCCCUCAAGCAGAAAGUAACUCCAGUGAAUCUGGGUAAAGAAGAUAAACAAUUGUUGAAUAUAGUCUUAGUACUGUGUGCCAAGUUUCACUACAAUACUCUCCAAUAAGGAACUGCAUCAUAAAGAUGUGUACGUGGCACCGCCCAUCACAUCUGCAGCCAUUCUUCACUACAGCCAUGGAGUUAGGGGGGAAAUGACUGUAAGUCAUUGUGCUUUUUAAAAACCCAACUUAAAGAUACUUUUUUGAUCUUUCAAAUUGCUCACCAAGUAUUUAUGUGCUUGCUAUUCUUAUGAUUACGAAAUGACCUUUAAUAUACCCGCAUUGUUAGUUUCAACGUGCACAACAAAUGUAGCCAAUCUGAGUACAGAUGCCAAGCCACACUGAAGUACUUCCUCAUGCUCAUCAACCUGCAGCUCUACAUUCACUCCACAGACAAACCGAGAGUGUGGAUCCAGUGACCCCUGGGUGCUUAUUUCCAGGGGUGUUUUUGUUUUCUUUUUUAAUUAAGCCAGGUAGACAACUUAAGGUUUCCUUGAGUGGAAAAAUAUGUACCUCCAAUCGAGACUGAGCCCUAAAUCAACAACUUCAUUUCUUCAGUGUUGACUUCAUGGGAAUUCUUUGUCCAUCCUGAGCCACUGCCCCUGGUUUUAUUUUCUAGGGAGAACAGAUACCUUUGAAUCCUAGUAAUGUUAAGAAAAUGAGAGGGGUGGUAAACUGUCCAUUUCUGACUCAUCAUGUGACAGACGCAGUUUCUUUAUAUUUCUCCAAAGACAGAGACAGCUGUUAAUUAAAAAUAAAACAAAACACCCAAGUGACACAUUCCAAUCUUUCUUUCACUGCCCAGUGUGUGGGGAGGUUCUGCUGAGGUGUAGUUUUAGUCUUGCUCUGGUGUGUUCAUGGACAAGACCUCCUGCCAGCUGACACCAGUUCUGAACCGCCUUCACUCCCCUCAGCUCAGCAGCUCCAGCUUCAUGGCCUUCACAGGAGGCUGCCUGGACUAGUGAACAGGGUGAAGGACCUUCUGCUCCUGAGGGCAGGAUGGAUAAGUGCUUUUCAGAAUUGGUGAUCCCCUCAAUUUUUACUAUAUAGGUAAUUUCAAGUCUCUUAGUGCUUAAAGUUUGGGCACCAACUCUGAAGCAGAACCUAUUCCGAAUGUAACAACCUACCUGCGGUUCACAGGUGUUGGCAUGAAUACUGUUCUUAGUAAAUCUCCUCAGCUUGGCUUUUACCCCCACAAGAUUUAAAUGCGCUUUCUCUUUUUAGUUGCUGGAAUUCUCAUUUGGAGGGGGAAAAAAGUUUUCUUCAGACAUCCACGUAACUGUAUAAUGAUUUUUUUUCAAUGUCUAAACUUUUUCAUGAGAGUAAGAUGGCUGGAUCUUAAAGAUGAUCAAAAAGACCCAUUUUCAUUAGACAAUUAAAAGUAAGAGAUAACAAUGGGGUUUUUUGUUUUGUUUUUAUAAAGUCCUUCAAAAUCAAGGUGCUCCUACCCACUGAUGUCCUAUCUUGUAAAGGGCUGAAAACUGUUUUAGGUUUUCCUCUCUUUAUUGUACUUUGAUGUUAUAAAUAGUACUGAGUUUGUCUAAAAAGUUAGAAUUGAGGUCAAAGUAAUUCUAACAGGGUAACAACUCUAAGGUCAGGAUCGGCAGGGACCCAGGUUUCAAAAGCUGAGCAGUAGUGUGCUCGGUUCAUCAGACUUCCAGAAGAACACAUCACCUUUGUUACUCAAAUAAAACAGCUUUAUGUUACAGACACAAGGUGGUGUUUAAGCAAGUAAAAACCCAAUUCCAAACAUUUUCACGUAUCGUCAGGACUAGCAUUAAAACUGAGGUAACUUCAGAUUUUACUCCAGUUUAGAACAAUUAAAACAAUGUCCUAUAUGAAUGUGAUGGCUUCAUUUAAAAAAAAAAAAAAAGGGCUUAAUUAUUUUUGUUUAUACAUGAAGACAGCUUUUCCUUAGAGAAAUUCCUUUCAAAUUACAAAAACUUUUUGGAACUUUAAUUUUUUUUUAAAUUUUUAACUUUAUGUUAUCUGUAAUAUGUGACCCCUCCAAAGUUGGCCCAAAAGAAAAUGCAAGAAAAAAAUCCCACCAUCUUUUAAGAUGGUCCUUUUAAAAUCCAGUAAAAAUGUGUUAUGAAACAAUGUAUUUCAUACACAAUGUGUUGGCCGGCAUGGGCUCUGGUUUGCUGUGAAGUAAGCCAUGUUAGAAAGCUAUCUGCUGUAAUAUAAUCCCCAGUGCCUUGAACUCUCUAGAGGAAUAGCAUCUAAAAACAACAAAGUCACCAAGUAAACUUGGAGGUGCUAAUGAAAGCAAAGACAGGUAAGUAUUUUUGAAUUUUGGGCACAAAUGGAGGGGGGAAUGACUGUCUUAUAUUACAAGAGUUUUCAUCCACCUAAAUGGAGUCUGGCUGUUUUCUACCAAAGAUGUUGAGAGAAGCGGUUCACGUCAACACUGGGUCCUCCUUAAGAGGCGGCCAAAGCUGGGAGCCUGUUGCUCGUGAAUUUCAAGCAAGUGAUGGUUAAACUUCUUAGGAAGAAGACGGGGCUGCAGCACUCAAGGGAGACAGGAUACAUUUUUAGGAACUAUCCAUUCAUUAAAUUUGUUACAACUUAAUACCAAAAACUGCCCUUUUUCGUAAUUCCACCUCCUAGUUUUUCCUGUAUUUGUAAAUAGUUCCUCCUAGGAAAUAAGCAUUAACUGGAAUGUUUGAAAUGACUGUGCUUAGUUUUAAUAUCAGCCUCUAGUGAACUCUUCUUGCAGAGAUGCGUAAGGUAAAAUAUGAUUAGCUUGUGCUCAGUGUUGUAAAAAUACUGUUUACUGUUUUCAAAGAAUUGCACAUUAUCUCUACCUGGGGUUGUCUUCUCCUUUCCCUGGAGUCAAGGCUCACGCUGACUUCUAGCUGUGGGAAUUUUGUCAUAAACAGAUAUAAUGUAGAAGUAUACUUUUUUAAAGCAUGAAGAUAACAAAUGUACCAGAAAGAGGACAUUAUUCAGAGGAUUAUGCACAGCUUGGUAAAGAUGAAGUUGUGGUUUUCUUGCAGCCUUUAUUGUUUUCUUCUGCAUAAAUGUACACUCAUUUCAUUAUGUGCCUUGCUCCCUGAUUGUGCAAAGCUAUAUAUACACACAAAUAUAUAUAUAUGAGAAAGAGAUAUAUUCAUUCAGUACUACUGACAUGUUUUUAUUCUACUGCUGGAUUAAGUUAGUUUCCGAGUUACACUUGCCACUUGUCAUAAACUAUUGUAAUGGCUUAGGACAGUGGUCAGAAAGCUACAGAAAAUUGGUUUUUCUAGUUACAUACUUUAUGUCAUCUAGCCCAAUCCUUAAUUUAAAAAAAUUAAAUAGAUUCCAUUUAAACACAAGGAUUUCGAGUGUUUUGGAUGAGUACCACUAGGAACCUGGUUUUGUAGGGCUGGAGAGAUGACUCAGCUAUUAAGAAUGCUUUCUGCUCUUCCAGAGGACCAGAGUUCAGUUCCCAGCACCCACAUCAGGCAACUCAAAACCGCCUAUAACUCCAGCUCUAAAGGAUCCAAUGCCCUCUUCUGGCCUCUAAAGGCAUCUGAACACUUAUGGCAUACAUACACAUAAAUAAAAGUAAAUUCUUCAAAGAACCUGGUUUUAAAGCUCGUUAUGUCAGGAAAAAUCAAGUGUUGUAGGGGAAUUAACUACACAGUUCUUCCAUGUGUUUUGCUUGUUUAUACCAACAGAUUGGAGAUCAUUAAAUAUUACUAAUUAGGAAGUGAUUAGGGGCCAACGAAUAAAGGUGAUUGCCAAUAGGCCUGACAACCUGAGUUCCAAUCCCUGGAACUCAGGUGGAUAGGAGAGAACCAAUUUCCACAAGUUAUCCUGUGUGUGUGUGUGUGUGUGUGUGUGUGUGUGUGUGUGUGUGUACAUACACAAUAAAUGUGUUAAAAAAAAAUUCUAUUUUAAAAGUAGUAAUAGCUUUUUAUGGGCAGUUUUGUUGUUUUGUAAAUUAAAAAUAAUUUGUAUUAGCUGGGCGGUAGUGGCACUUGCCUUUAAUCUCAGAACUAAGGAGGCAGAGGAUCUCUGUGAGUUCAAGGCCAGCCUGGUCUACUGAUGAGAGAGUUCCAGGAGAGGCAGGACUACAGAGAAACCUUGUCUUGAAACCCCUCCCCCUAAAAAGAAGUGUGUGUGUGAGAGAGAACUACAGCUCGAGAAUGCUGGGAACCAAACCCAGGUUCUCUGAGCGCUGUUAACUGCUGAGCCAUCUCUCUAGCCCCUGACCUAUUUUGUUUUAAAUAAAGUACAACUGGGUAAAAUCUAGUGCCAAAAAGGAUCUCCUCCCCGAACGCUGCCAUGAUCGGGAAGUACGAUGAUGUCCUGGGACUGCCAGAUCAAAUGGAUCUGUUUAGUUACAGGUUACAAAUCACUUUACCAUCUAUCAUCAAACUAUUAAUAAAAGUUAUAACCUCUGUCAGUGCUA